AUGGCAAUGGCCGUCGAUAAUCGCCAGCAGUCCCAGCUCAACGGCAUGGGCUACGAUCCUCUGCGUUACCCACAACCGCACUUCACGAACCCGUGGGUGUCGGCUGCGCCCUCGCAGCAGCAGAUGUACCAAACUUCGCUCGCCACGAACGUGUCGAGCGGACUCGAGACCCAUGCGCCAUCGCAGACGCAGCCAGUACAGCGGCCGACCAGCAUUGCCAUUCCGUACCAUGGCCUUCCGGUGACGGCCCCGUCUCUAGGAUCAGGUAUUACCCUCCCGGAUGGAACCUUCGCAGCAGAGAGCUUACUAGACGCGCCGCAAGAUCUCCUAUCGCGGAGUUACACAGGUGGAUACGGUUCAUCUGCUUCUCCAAAUACAAACACGUACGCCCCCACUUCGGCUCCUUAUUCUCAGGUGGAAUAUGGCACCAGCGAACGCAGCCCCUAUGCAUACCAGCAGGAUUCUGCCCGUCGUUCCUCUCACCCGUCAGUACCCUCAGCAACGUUCAUUGAUAGCGCCAUGGACACGCAACGGCAACGCCAGAGUUCAUUAGUUGACUUUAGCAGAAUGAAUUCGCAACCGCAGCGGAACAGCUUCAGCGACGCUCUUGACGCCAGUCGGGGCAUGGUCUCCUUGAGCCAGGCGGAUAUCACCCCGAGGAAUAUCUAUGGCAACCAAGGGUCCAGUCGCAGCUCGACCGACUCGUACGGUUUCCCGUCGGCGCACUCGGCACACUCGUCGAUUUCGUCCGCCAGCUACAACCCGUCGAACUACUAUGGCGGCGAAGGCUCCGUUACCGACUAUAGCUCCGCGUCAGAGUCUGUCGACCUCACCCACUCGCGAACACUGCCCCGUCCGAAUGCGCUCAUGGGAGCAAACAUCCCUCCUGCGCCGCAGUCCAUGAUGGGCCAGUUCAGCUCAAAGGUUUCGUCAAGCUCGCAAAAGAAGCACAAGUGCAAGAUCUGCGAUAAGCGAUUCACUCGUCCGAGUUCGCUGCAGACCCAUAUGUAUAGUCACACUGGAGAGAAGCCAUUUGCCUGCGAAGUCGAGGGCUGUGGCCGCCAUUUCUCGGUCGUCUCAAACUUGAGGAGGCACCGAAAAGUUCAUAAAGGUGAAAAUCACCAAGAUCACCCGUCGCCCGACGACGCGUGA